AAUUCCGAGCUAGCUGAAAUUCUGACUGAGUCAUUUUAUAUUAAUAUCUGCGGCUGUAAUCAUCACAAAACAUUGAUAAAAAAUCAGUCGAGUCGUGCUCACGUGCGUGAUUAAUUCCGAUUCGACGAGGCUUACGAAGGUUCACUUGAUUUACAUCGUUGUAAAAUGAUUUUAAUAAACAUUUCGGAUAUGGCUAGUUGGUGGACACUAAUUAUAGGUGUACAAGUGAUAUUUAUAUCAUCAUACUUUUUUUGGGCCAAGAAAAGGUCUAAGAAAAGUUAUGAUCCCCUAUGUAACGGUAAACCAGUAGAAUGGAGGCCGAAACCACUAGUGGAACAUGACGUGAUUGUUGAAGAGCCACAGUUAAUGGGAAAAUUAGAUGAAAAUGUUUUAAAUAUUGGAGCUACAAGCUUUUUGUGCAUCGAGAAAGAAGAUUCUAUAACGAAAAAUGCCUUAAAAUCCUUGGAAAAGUAUGGGGUGGGAUCUUGUGGUCCGAGAGGCUUUUUUGGCACUAUUGAUGUGCAUUUGGAGUUGGAAGAGCGUCUUGCUAAGUUUCUGGAAGUAGAAGAGACAUGUGUAUAUUCUUAUGGCUUCACAACCAUAUCAAGUGCUAUACCGGCUUAUGCCAAGCGCGGUGAUAUUAUAUUUGUAGAUGAAAAAGUUUGGUUCGCUAUACAAAAAGGUUUAGAUGUCACGCGCAGUACUAUCCGAUACUUCAAACACAACGAUAUGGAACACUUGGAGCAGUUACUCUCGGAAGCAGCGAAAAACAGAGAGUUGAGUCCGAAGAGACGAGCGUUUCUUAUUGCCGAAGCAAUAUACUUUAAUACCGGAGAGAUGUGUCCUUUAAAAAAGUUGGUGGAAUUGGCAAGGAGGUACAAACUAAGGAUAAUGUUGGAUGAGAGUCUGUCUAUAGGGGUACUGGGUGAACACGGGCGAGGUCUGACCGAACACUUGGGUGUCCCGCGGGAUGAGAUCGACCUCAUCAUGGGCUCCCUGGAGCACUCCUUCGGGACCAUCGGUGGGUUUUGCGCGGGAUCCCAUUUCAUUGUGGAGCAUCAAAGGCUGUCUGGGUUAGGUUACUGCUUCAGCGCCUCAUUGCCGCCGAUGCUAACACAGGCAGCCAUUUCUGCACUCGACAUCAUGGAAGAACGACCGGUUAUAUUCGAGGAGCUUCAAGAUAUCUCGAAAAAACUGAGCAAAAUGCUGUCUAAUUUAAAACACUACAGAUUCAGAGGCGACCCGCUCUCACCUGUCAAACACAUUUAUCUCAACAAGGAGGAUCUGACCGACCGUCUCAAACAAACAUAUCUUCGGAACAUUGCCAAAUAUUGUUUAGAAAAAGGUAUCGCAGUAACUCCUGCGGCUUAUUUAGUUGACGUAGAAAUCAAUUGUCCAGAACCUUCGAUAAGGCUGGCUUCAAGUAGGAAGUUGAAUGAUGACAAUAUGACCUUGAUCUGUACGCUUUUAGAUGAGGCGUAUGAAAAUGUAGGGCCUAAACCAGAUAUAAGACCGCUUUAAGUGAUGCCUGAAUGUUAGGCUGCGACUACACUGAAGCGUAAUGGAGAUUUUUUGAGUAAUAGAUACAUAUACCGUUGAACUACAGAACAUUGUUUGUUAUUGUUCAGAUAUAUUUCAUUGUUAAAAAUAUAUAGUAGGUAAAUUAAGUGCCUAAUGUUAAAUAAUGGAUUAAAGUUUAAAUUACUAAGACCAGGAUAAUACUGUACGUCUCCUCUACGCCGAUGUGUGUUAUACUGUAUUUGCAUUUUUUUUCCAUUCAAUUUAAUUUAAAUAAGAUCAUCGAAUAAUUUCGCUGGCAAAAUUAUUGUACUCUACUUAAAUUAAACAUCGUUGUUACAUUUUAAGGGUUAAUUAUUUAUACAUUUUUAAAAUACUUAAUUGACUUAUGCGUUUGUAUGUCACCAUUUCUCUGGCUAUCAGCAAAUAAUUAGUGAGAUUGUUUUUUUUUUAAAUAUUCAUCGUCAAUUAUUCGUUUAAAGGUCAAAGGUUAAAACAAAUAGCGUUGUUGGUCAUUUUGAUUUUAUGAGGAAUCAGAUGAUUACAUAACAAACGACUACUGUAUAAGUAUAUAAUAUGAUAUAACUCCAAUUUAUCUGUAUGAUAAUUUUUUACUCAUAAAAAAUGGAUUAUAUAUGGAUUUAUAAGUAAAUCAAUCAAAAUGUCAUAUUUGUACAUCAUUCACCAGUAUUUACCACUUCUAUAGACUUAUAUUAUUAUCAAUUCUAUGGUUAAGUUCUGUUUUGCAUAAGUAUGUAUCUAUCAAAUGAAUAUAUUUUCAUGAAUGUUUUAUGUUUUUAUCAUUCCAGUAUUAAAGCUAAGAUAUUUUUAUUUUUAUUAAUCAUUUAAUAUAAGAAUAACGAGUAUUUAAUGUAUUUUAUUUUGUUUAUUAAUUUGUGAAAUAAUCAAAAGAGCCAUUUUUUGGUAAAUUAUUUAUUUGUCAAUUAUUGUACUCAUUUUAUCGAAAUAUAAUAUAUUAGGAUAUAUCUUGCAUUUACACAGCUGCAUUUCCUUUUAUUUUGUUUACAUAUUAAGUUAGGUAUUUCAUUCAAUGUAAAACUGCAUUUUACUAUCAAUAGUAAUUUUAAUUAUUGAAUAUUAAUAUAGCUAGGC